AUGGGACUGUUUGAGCGUAAAAUACGGGAACUGCGUGUUCUGAGCAAACUACAUAAUCGCAAACUUCGUAUCUUAAAGGCGGCACUAUGGGACAACGUGGAGCUGCUGGAAGAUUUGCUACAGGAGGAGGUCCACCUGAUCGAUUGUCUCGAUUCUUGGGGCCGGGCACCGAUCCAUGCGGCGGCGAUUACAGCCGAAUCCCGGUGUCUGCCGAUGCUGAUCAAUGCUGGGGCAAACAUCAAUGCUACUGCUGGUUGCCGGUGUGAUAAUAAGACUGCCCUCCAUUUCAGUGCCGAGCACGGUCAUGUGAGUAAUAUAAGGGUGCUGCUAGACGCGGGUGCCUCGUUUAUUGCGAAGGAUCGCAAUGGGCUGACGGCGCUGGAUCUGGCGGAACGGAGCGGACACGAGGCUUGCGUACAGUUGCUGAAAGAUGCGGCCGAUACUCGCGAACAGAUACGUAGCCAGAAGCAUCGGGCACUGCGAGAAGCUGUCACUGCGUCGGAUGAAGCGGCUGUCCAGCUGCUGUUAGAAAACAUUGGUUCCGAUAGAGAAAUCAUUGUCAAUAUGGCGCCCGGUGGUGCUAAUACACUGCUGUUUAUUGCGGCACAAACCGGCUCGGAACGUAUUGUGCAGCUGCUGCUGGAAGCUGGUGCCGAUGGAAGGGCACACGCAGUCACCAAAUACUCACCCCUUUACACAGCUGUACACAAUGGACAUACAACGGUAGCUUCUAUGUUGUUGGAACGUUUUCCUGAGCUAGUGCAGCACGUAACGGUCGAACGCUGGUUACCGUUCCAUGCGGCCUGCAUCAAUGGACACUGUGCCGUGGUGGAGCUGUUGAUAAAGUAUCCGUACAUUGACGAGCUGCUCAGUACGUUCCGUAGUCCGAAUGGGGAGCUCGAAUGGCGGCUUGCGUUCGAUCCGAAUGCACAGGAUGUGGCCGGCCAGACCGCACUGUACGUUGGAUGUCUGCUGGGGAAUCCGCAACUGGUCGAAACGUUACUUAAAUGGCGGGUAAAAUGUGUGAGGCACGUGGUACCAUCGGUAGCGAGUAAUGGCGGUGGUGGACUACCUGGUGGAUCAAAUUCGAACAAAAUGGAUGACGGUGCGGAUACAGUCGGAAACAGCAACAGUAACCCACUUAGCCCUACCAGUCGAAAAAUAUCGUUUGGCAUUCAGUCCAUCAUGUCGCGGUUAAGUUUAAGUGGACGAACGGAACAAUCCGAGGACGGCGAGGGACAGGACGGUGAGAUGCGCUGCCCGCUCGAUUUGGAUAUCUUGUGUGGUGCAGCACGGGAAACGGCACUACUUGCGGCCGUUCGGGGUGGAUUUCUUGACGUCGUAACAAUACUCCUCGAGAAUGGUGCUGAUCCGAAUGUGAUUGCACGGGCCGUUGAAGACCAAAAUGAUCCCAAAUCAUCAGACGAAAUUUACGGUUUUUCCAAUGUGCCGCUUGCCGAAGCGACACGGCAAAAGUCGCUACCGAUGGUGGAGCUGCUCUUAAAGCAUGGUGCGCGAGACGAUCAAUCGGUAGCGCUCAGUAUCGCGGUACAGAAUGGCGACGAACCGAUCAUUUGCCGGUUGCUGUCGAUCAAGGCACACCCGGAUCCGGACUAUAAGAUCAACAAACGCGCCUUCACCGGGCAGGAACCGUCGGCUGCGGAGUACAGUGCCUCACCGCUUGCAUUUGUAAAGAUGGGCGGUAAUUUUACGUACAGUUCGCUAUUCCCGAGCACUGCUACGAUGAUCAACUGGCACAGCAAUAACUGUCGUCUGGGCGUAAUACGCAUGGCGUGGUUGAGUGAGGCGGUGCUGCAAUGCAAUCGGAAGCUACGGGCACACCCGAAAUGUCACCAACUAGCACUGGCCGCACUAACGCGCAUCGAUAUUUCGCACAACACGCUAACGACCUUACCGGCGGACAUAUUUAACCUCGGAAGCUUACGCUACCUGAACGCGGCACAGAACAAGAUCGAACGGUUACCGGUGCCGGAGGAAGACUCCGAACGGCUGGCGGGUGGCGGACGUACGGAUGGUAAGCGGCGCGGUUCGGGCUUGAAACCGAUUGAGUACCAGUGUCCGGUGCUGGAGGAACUGUAUCUGCAGGAUAAUCGGCUAGAGUGUGUACCGGCGGUACUGUUUCGGAUGCCAAAUCUUGCCAUACUGGACGUGUCCAACAAUAAACUGCAAGAGUUACCGUUCGAGAUGUGGAAAGCGCCGAAGCUGAAGGAGCUGAAUGUGGCAUUCAAUUUUCUCAAGGAUUUACCAUCGUUACCAAUUACGGAUGGAGGUGUUGGUGUCGGUUCCGAUGGAGAACGCGUUGAACUACCGUCGCCGGUCACUAUCGGGGUGGAGAGUGGUGGUAGUGCAGCAUCAGCUGCUCUUUUCCAUCUAUACACCGGAACGAGUGCUUCGUUCGAUGAUGGUACGGAAGCUCUGGCACGGAACCGCCAUGUUAGCAAUCUCGAACUGGUAAGGCAUCAUAUUUGGGCACGUUCGCUUGAGGUAACGGAGCAGGAACUUCGGUUGGCAGAUUCACGGAACGACAGUGCAUUGUCGCAGCUGAGCAGUCUUAAUCUGGCGAACAAUCUGUUCACCAGCAUCCCGCUAGCGUUGCCUUGUUUGGCAGUGAAUCUGACGCGUCUUAAUAUGUCCUACAAUAGUUUACGCUCCAUGGGUCACGUUACGAGCUAUCCGGCAUCACUGAAGCAGCUCGAUUUGGGACAUAACGAGAUUAGCUGUUGGCCCAGCUUGCCAAGGAUAGCGGCGUCCGAUCCGCAUCUGAUGUGCUACAACCCACAAGAAGCCAAAAAACAUCUCUCCGAUGGUAGUGGCGGAGGACCGGGUAGUGGUGGCGGUGGUAGUGGUGGUGGAAGUGUUGGUAAAUCUGGCAGCAGAGGAGGAACGGGAAGUAAUGGCGGACCUGGAGGUGAUACGACACCAUCAUCCAGUACGUCCGUGUCGACAACAUCGUACGGAGGUACGGAGAUGACGACGGUGGUAAAAUCAUCCACCAGCUCGAAUAGCAUCACCUCACUGCGUACGGCAGUCCUCAAGAGUGUGUGCUGUCAUCGGCGACAUCUUCGGCUAGAGUCGUUACGUACGCUCGUCCUAGCUGAUAAUUCUCUGACACGCAUCCAGCUCUCGACGGACGAUGUGACCACAUUGGGUGAGUCGGAAGAUGCCGAAUGGAGCCUCAUCGGGAUGGCAAAAUCGCGACUCAUCUUUCCAAACCUCUCGAUGCUGGACAUUAGCAAUAACUGUCUGAAGGAGAUCCCACCAUCGAUCCACGAGCUAACCAACCUGAGCGUCCUGAACCUGAGUGGCAAUAUGGACAUUACUGAGCUACCGCCACAUAUGGGGCUUUUGUCGCGACUAUGGAACUUGAACACACGUGGCUGCUCGCUCCAGGAUCCGUUACGUUCGAUGAUCGAAAGCAAAAAAUACAAGACGAUGGAUAUCGUCGGGUACCUAAAGUCGGUGUAUGAAGACGCACGGCCAUACGCCCGGAUGAAGCUGAUGGUGGUCGGUGUCCAGGGCAUUGGGAAAACCAGUCUGCUGGAACAGCUCCGUAGUGAGGGUUCUUCGCGUGGGAAGAAACCUGUCGAUCAUUGGGCGAAACGGAUGGGACAUCGGAACAUCAAUCAGAAAACAUCGCGAGGCAUCAACAUGUCCACGGUUGGUGUCGAUAUUGGCGAUUGGGUGUGCGAGAAAAAGGUACGAGGCCAAUCUCAUCACGGUCCGGUUGUGUUUCGCACGUGGGACUUUGGUGGGCAGCGGGAGUACUACGCAACACAUCAGUACUUUCUGUCCAAGCGCAGUCUGUAUCUCGUGCUGUGGCGCAUCAUCGAUGGUCGCCGUGGUUUAGCCGAAGUGCUCCAAUGGCUCGGCAAUAUACAGGCUCGAGCACCGAACUCACCCGUCAUUAUCGUUGGCACGCAUUACGAUGCAGUCGGUGAAACAUUGCCCGCGAAAAAAGCGGAAGAACUGCAGCAGAUCAUUCGUGAUCGGUUCAUUGCGGUGUCGGAUGCGGAAAAGAUUGGUUUACCAAGGGUGCUAGAUUCGAUCGAGGUAAGCUGCCGGACCGGGCAUAACAUUAAGCUGCUGGCAGGGUUAAUCUACGAUACGGCAUUUUCCCUGCGGCCGCCUGGCUGCAAGGAACCGCUACUGUAUCAACGCGUACCGGCCAGCUAUCUGGCGCUGGAGGAUGUGGUCGCAAAUAUUGCGGCCAGUUUGCGUCAGCACGGUGCCGAUCCGGUACUGGAUGCUGACCGGUACCGGCAGACAGUGACACACGAGAUGCAGCUCCGGGGGUUGAAGGGUUUCCGCGAUUGGUCGGAGCUAAAUCAAGCAACAAUGUUCCUGCACGACAACGGUGUCCUGCUGCACUACGACGAUGCGACACUGCGGGAUCUGUACUUUCUCGAUCCGCAGUGGCUAUGCGAUAUGCUGGCGCAUGUUGUGACGGUGCGUGAAAUAAAUCCGUUUGCUCGGACGGGCGUGAUGAAGAUGGAUGACUUGCAGCACGUGUUCAAAAGUUCCUGUCUGGGUAGCAACAAUAAUCGAGGCUACAUUGUGAGUCUGUUGAAUAAAUUUGAAGUUGCCCUGUCUUGGGAUGCCCGUACACUGCUGAUCCCGUCCCUGCUACCAACCGAAGAAGAUAGUGGCUCGGAUCGUAUAGUCACGGUAAAGAUUGCAACCAGGUCCAAAGGCUGGGUAAAUCGGGCCCGUCGCAAUCCACUAGGGAACACUGGCUUUUCGUUACCUUCGUACGAUCACCCACUGCAAACGGUCGUUGGUUCCGGCAGUCUUGAUCAUUCACCAAUACCAACGCCAACUCCAACAGACGCCAACACGGCAACCGUUUGUGACGUCCAGAUGGUGCCUCAUCCCGAUCGUUCGAUCGCCCGACUGCUGCUCAUGUCCUACUUUCCGUCCGGAUUUUGGUCCCGGCUCAUUACGCGCGUGCUUGCCGAUGAUCAGGUGGUGGAAGCGGUGCGUGGACUCUAUCCACUGCCGAAGGAACUGCUGGACCAAUGUUCCGGACUGGAAGAUGCACCCGCUCUUUCCGCCCAUUGGGCCGUCUGGCAGACGGGUCUUUCGUUGCACUUUGGUUCCUCGACGGUGGUGUUUAAGAUGCGUGAAAUUUCGAUCACAUGUCCAACGUCACCGUAUCGUAAUCCGAUGAAUCGCUUUAAGCUAAAACAGGACGGCAUCUGGUGUGAUAUAGAUCUAACCGCUAGCUCAAUAUUGGAGAUUCACUUCCCCUGUAAUGCACUGCGCGUUCAGGUACCGACUGGAGUUGGACAGGAUGACACUCCAACAUCCGAGGACGCACCAAAACUGGUCACGUGCGAAAUCGAACCAAACAUUCAGUGCUUAACGCAGCUACUAGCCCUUACCGUGGACCAUAUCGAUUUGCUGCUGGAGGAUUGGUACCCGACGCUCGGUACGCGCUUUGUCCACACGUCCGAGGGACGGUUUUUGGUGACGCGACUUGUGCCUUGUCCGCGAUGUUUGCGCGAGUGCGAGGAACGACACGCACCGAAUCUGCCCUCACAGGUUAAACCUUGCUCGACGUUAAAUCAGCGUGCGGCGUACGCUGCCAACGGUGUCCAUCGUCAUCGGUUAAGCAUCGGCGAACGGCGCACGUUAGACGGUGUUGGUGGUAGUGGUGGUGGUGGAGGAUCGGCUGCUGGUGUUGAGGCGAGUGGAGGAUUGAAUGAGUUGCCUGGUAUACUACACGAUACGAUGGCUGCUGGUGCUGCUGCUGCUGCUGGACGUAAAUCUCAGGAUUCGCUCGGCUGGUCCGAUUGCGAUUCGGGCGUUGGCCAGGAAACAGCUGACAGCUCAAGUGAAACGUCUAUCGAGGGUUACACACUAGCGAUGGCAGGGGACGGUUCUCCGAGCUAUUCCUGGAUGGUGGAAGAAUGCAUCCUGGCGGCGUACGAUCGGAAAUCGGUCUCAUGUCCCAUCCACGGUGAGAUAGAGCUCAGUCGUAUCACGCCAGAUGUGAACUUUAUGGACCUACCCGACCACUACUUAAUCCGGUCGAGUGACAUCAACCGUGGACCACUGCUCGGUCGUGGUGCGUUUGGUUUCGUGUUUAAGGCAACCUGUAAAGCGACACGUCACUCCAACCACUCCACCAUCUCUACCUCGACUGCUCUGGCCGGUCGUCUAUCGUCGCUGUUGGGCAAUGGUACGAAUGCCAACCAAGCUAGCGGACCAACGAUUAACGUGGCGAUGAAGAUGCUGCAACCGGUUGCACCUGGACCACGGGCACGGCAGAGUGCGAUCAUCGCGUACAAGGGCGCACUCGGCAAAUGGGAACGCGAUCCGCUUCAGCACGCCUGCAAAGCCUACUGUACCGCUCGGCAAGAGUUGGCCGUACUGCUUACACUACGGCACCCUCACAUCGUACCGCUGAUCGGUGUCUGUACGCAACCGUUAGCGCUGGUGCUUGAUCUCGCACCGAAAGGUGCACUGGAUGCGGUCCUACGCCACUUUCGGCGUAGCGGUGCCCGUAUCGGUCCGUACUGCUUCCAGGCGCUCGUACUGCAAGCCGCCAAAGCGAUGGAGUAUCUACACCGUCGGCGUGUAAUUUACCGCGAUCUGAAGGCUGAGAAUAUACUGGUUUGGGAAUUCCCGGAACCUCAUGCCCACGAUCAUCCGACGAACGCCGUACACAUCAAGGUGGCCGAUUAUGGCAUCAGCCGCAUCACGCUACCGUCCGGCUCGAAAGGGUUCGGCGGUACGGAAGGUUUUAUGGCGCCGGAAAUAAUGCGUCACAACGGCGAGGAAGAGUACACGGAAAAGGUGGACUGCUUUUCGUUCGGCAUGUUCCUGUACGAGCUGAUCUCACUGCGCCAACCGUUCGAGGGUCACGAAGCAGUUAAGGAGUGCAUCCUGGAGGGUGGCCGACCAGUGUUAACUCACCGGGAAACUCAUUUCCCCUCGUACUGUCUCGAUCUGAUGGUACUGUGCUGGGAUCAGCAGCCAAAGCUGAGGCCUUCCGCUAGCCAGAUCGUGUCGAUCGCAACGGCACCAGAGUUUACCCAUCUGCUGGAUGUGAUCUCGCUGUCGCAUGGGGGAAGUGUGAUGGAUGGAAUUGCCUGCAUGAUUACCAGUGCGGACGGAGAGGAGACUGGCAUUGUGUCCGGGUACGAGCUGUGGCUACCCUGUUCAAACUCGCGCAUCGACAUACUGGGCGGUUCGGCUAAGGGUUGGCAACAGUACCAUCGUAUCCUGUGCCCACAGGUAAAGGGUGGCCCUGGCAGCUGUGGUGCGGGUCAGAGUUCUGGUGCUGGAUCGGGUGGACCAUCCGGCAGUACCGUUGCGCCCGGUUCGAUGAGUUCCGGCGGAUCCGGUGGUUCAUCGAACUCUUCCCAACCGACUACACCGCAUCUUCUGAAAACGAUCAAACUGACCACGGCCUGUGCUGUGGAGUCGGCCGUAUGGAUUGGUGAUGCCGAGGGUAACAUUUACGCGUUUAAUGCUGCCGACUGUGUGCAUCUGUUUUCGUACGCGUUGGAACCGUCCGCACCGUCCCCGGUGGUGGCUUUGGUGUACCUCAAGAAGUUCCAUCGGGUGGCGGCUGGGUUGGAGAAUGGGCGAUUGUUUCUGCUCGACUCAACACUCAUCCCGAGCACGUACGUGUCAGCCGAGGGAAGUUUCGUACUGUCGGAGCUGGGCUCGGGCGAACGAUUGUGUUCCGUCACUGCUCUAUGGCUUGCGGAGGACGAGUGUGAACUGUGGUGUGGCGAACGGGACGAUGCAAUCAGUGUGUUUUCGUUGCGUAAUUCGCACGUUUCAGGUCAGCACCAUUUAACACACUUCCCGGCCCCAUUACCCGUGCGUGGGUUAAGCGUUGCGCUGCUGUACGCGUCCGGUGAUGACUACGUGUACUCCUACCUGUCUCCCAGCUACAUCCUGUACCAGUGGCGUUCAUCAACCAAACGGGUAGAGAACAAACUCGACUGCUCCAAGCUGGUACCGUGCUCGGAAAGUCUGAAAAGUAUCGCCAUCGACGAGCGGCUUAGUCCUGGCAAAUGCCAGAUCAGCGCCCUAGCAGUGCUCGGCAACGAGCUGUACGUCGGCACAACCUGGGGCUGUAUCAUAGUGGUGGAGCGAAGCAAUCUCAGACCUACUACCGUUUUCCGGCCGUUCGAAGAGGAUGUCCGGUGCAUCAUUCCGGUCGUACCGAUAACGCCCGGUUAUGACGCUUCCGGUCACUGCACCACACCGCUCAUCGUAACGAUCGGCCGCGGUUAUCGUUCGCUGAUUGAGCGCUACACGGAUGUGACGGUUGCGGCCACCGGGACGGCAAGCGCUGGACGCCAUAUUGCCACCACCCCGACCACCCAGGACAAACGGCUGAAGGAGGCACUGUUGCGUGACAGGUCGAACCAUAUGCAUGCGCUGAUUUGGUCCGCAGAACAUUGGGCCCCGAUCUAA